UAGUUGGAAAAGUGGAGGAGAGGGACCCGCCCCCCAAUCAAAGUGCUAUAAAUCUUCAGUCUCCAUCCGACUGAGUUCCACUUGUUCCUGAUCCUCCGCAUCCCGAACCAAGACGAACCACACGGCAUAAAACAUGGACAAUCAAAUCGCAAAGACCACGCAGAGUCUUACCACUGCAUCAGAGAUGAGGGAAACCACCAAGAUGCUGAUGCAGCCCAAUGCAAACUGGGAGGAGUAUCUGACUCCUGCUCCGCUCUCUAUCGCCAUCUUGGGGGAGCUCGUCUUCAUCUCCUCAUGUGAAGACUUCUCCAUCAACAAGAACCCCCCACCAAAGGGCUUCCAGUACAUUAAGUAUCCAGACUCCUUCAGGGCAUGUCUUAUGCAAAUCUGUAACUCAGGCUGGCAAGCAUUCAAUGAGGCUCACAAGAAUAUGGAUCAGAUCCGUAUUCACACAGACACCGUCCCUGCAUACAUGAAGGCAGCAGUCAACACUCUUUUCAAUGGCACUGAUGAGGUUAUUCAAGCUCUCCUGCCAAACCAACUGGAGAGCAUCCGCACCAUUGCAGAUGAAUGUGUGACACUAGCAAACAGUGUUGAAAAUAAGUAUUCUGAUGUCAUCAAGUUAAUUCAGGAGUUGUUGGAGGCCUGUGUCAAUGCAUCAAACUUUUACGGCGAAGAGCUAGAAAACAUUAAGCAGAAAAUGGAGGAAAACAAAUUGAAGGAGCAGACUUCCAAAAAGCUAAAUGAACAGUCCAAGAAAGCAAUGGAUGAAAUGGCAAAGCAGAUGGGAGAGGCACAAGAGAAAUACAAUCAAUCCAUGGAUUCCCUUCCCUCCGGGUGGGAUAUCAUUGGCAUGGAUUUCGUCGAAGGAAUCACAUCAUCCCUGACAGCAGUAAUGCAUGGAUGCGCUUCUGUUAUAACUGGUGAUGGAAAGGGAGCAGGUGGAUCAGUCACUCAGCAAUCAGGCGAUAACAUUGAAGAUAAGAAAGGUGACAAGGUCACAAAUAUGAAUGUCUACAGCAAGUCCGAAGAGAUUUUGAAGCUUGCAUCGCAACUCAAUGGGUUUGUCGAAGGAAGUGAAAUAGACUGGACGAACCUGUAUGAUCAGAAACACAAAAAAACAAGGAGUUCAUGGCACAAGAGCCAAUUCAGUAGGAUCUCUGAGGAUUUGAAGAAGAAUCCAAAGGGCAACCUAUGCACAAGUGUUCUGUCUCUCUGUAAAAAAAGCAUCGGCAUUUGUGAUAAGCUGGCACAGUAUACCCCAGGUCAAAAGUGGGAUAAGAACCAAACUAAACAGCUGAUAGAGGAAAUUCAGGGGUUGACUGAUGAUGCACGCAAAUUUGACUCUGAGAGCAAAAGCAAAUUAGGCUCCCCAGCUCUUGGCCCUAAACCACCGAUGAUGUACAAAGCAGAUAACGGCCCACAAUCCAAAUCUGCCGGUCAGACAGCAUCUGACAAUGCCCGUUUCGCUAUCGAGCAGAGCAAAGAACAACUCAAACAAACACGGGAGUCAUAUGAGAAGUCAUUGGAGAACAUGGAGAAGAACCAGAAGGAGCUGACUGAUAUUCUGAUUGAAAUGCAGAACUGCAAAAUCAAAGAGAUUGACUUCAACACCACCAUCAAAAUGCUAGUCAAGGGUCUCGAUGCCAUGGGCAGAGUCAAAGAGCAGUGGGAGAAGAUGGUGCGCUUCUUCCAGAUGGUUUCCACCAUCAUCAGAACCAGCCUCAGCAAGACACUGCACAAUUUUGUCACUACAUCGAAUGAUACUAAGAAACUAAGUUACGAUGGCAAGCUCUUCGCAAAAGAUCUCCUGUACACACAGGCCUUCCAAGCCUCAAACAUUGCCAGCCUGGUGCACAUGAUCGCGGGGACCUACACUCAAGUGUCCAGCAAGUACCUGAUGGACAGAGUGAGCAGCCUGGGCAAACUCAUGGCCAUGGAUAAGGAGAAUCCAGAGUUCCUUGUAGAGCGUCAGAAGCUGCAGGACGACUGCCAGGCAGCCCAGCUAGGAAUUCUGCAGCUGGUAGUGAAGAACAAGAAAGAUUUUGAGAUCAAGGUCGAUGACAGGAUGAAAAAAAUAGAGGACGGCCUGAAAGCCGUUCUUCCAACUUGUCGACCUCAAGAGACUGAGCGAAUCAAAGAAAUCGUCAAAUCUGGGUUUGCUGGACAAGAAGAUUACUGCUGAUUCAAGUUGGAAUCAGUGGAUGAUACCAUCUAGAUAAUCCUGCUAUUGUUGGAAGUGUAACAUGCAUGUUAUUCGCAAGUCACCUUUUUCAAACAGUGUGUAAUCUGUGACACAGAGUUAUAGAUGUGCUAUAUAUGUGUUCUUAUGUUUAAUCUUGCUUUUAGAAAUGAUGUGUCACACAUGCUCAAUUACACCUUAUUAUUUCUAUCAAUUAUGACUAUCAAUUAUGAGGUCUGUGUAACAGCUCCCGCUCCGACUUCUAUCUCUUGCAUUUUUCUUUGAGUUUCCUCCUCCCUGUUUGAGUGUGUUGUUUGUCAACACAGCUGUCAGGGGCAAUUUAGGGUUAUGUUUCUUGCCCGAAGGACAAUUGUUUUGGACUGGAGGACCCGGGGUUUUAAAUCAUCAACCUUCUGGUUAGUGGAUGACCCGCUAUAACUCCUGGGCCACGGGAGGGCAAUUAAUUAUCAGGCCAGAUAUUUUUUUUAAUUCUUUAUCCAUUUGUAUACAAGUAAAUGUAUAACUGGGAACAUUCCACAAUCACAAGAGAAGGACAGACUCCAAACCAAAUUUUGUCCGACUAAUCAAAAAUUGACAUUUUCUAAAAAUGAAUGAUUUUGUCUUACAUUGUGAUGGUUCAUCAAUGUGCCCUGAUGAUAAAACUAUUCUAUCCGGUUAUGCUAUUGUUUUGUAUUGAAAAAAUAGAGGUUGUUGUAUCAUUAAAACAAACUGCUGAAUCCAUAGCCUUAAGCAGUGCUUGUGUUCUUGCUGAAAAUAAAGGAAUGACAAUUAAAAAAAAGGCUCUUUUUCAA